AUGGCGAAUCAAACGGCCAAUUACUAUGGGGACGUUUAUCAAUCGAAUCACACGGUGUCGACGGACGAGCGAGAUACGCAGACGGAAUACUACCUACCGAAUUGGACCGAUCUCGUUUUGGCAGGGCUGUUCACCAUGUUGAUCAUCGUCACUAUAGUGGGCAACACUCUAGUAAUUGCGGCUGUGAUAACAACUAGGCGUCUAAGGUCCGUUACUAACUGUUUCGUGUCCAGCUUGGCUGCUGCGGAUUUGUUGGUUGGACUAGCAGUGAUGCCACCAGCAGUAUUAUUACAGCUCACAGGUGGUACCUGGAUGUUGGGCGAGGUGCUCUGCGACUCGUGGGUCUCCCUCGAUGUUCUUCUCUGUACUGCCAGCAUUCUAUCGUUAUGCGCCAUAUCCAUAGAUAGGUACCUAGCAGUAACUCAGCCUCUGAUAUACAGCCGACGACGACGCAGCAAGAGAUUGGCCGGGCUGAUGAUCGUCGCGGUAUGGGUGCUAGCCGGAGCUAUCGCGAGUCCACCUCUGCUCGGAUGUUUCCCACGUGCAACGGAUCGUGACAGUAAAAAAUGCACGUACAACAUGGACUCUUCAUACGUGAUAUUUUCCGCCAUGGGUUCGUUUUUCCUGCCAAUGCUGGUGAUGCUCUACGUUUACGGCAGAAUAUCUUGCGUGAUUGCCAGUCGGCACAGAAAUCUCGAAGCCACAGAGAACGAAAACAUUCGACCACGUCGCAAUGUUUUGAUCGAGCGAGCCAGGAGCAUCAGAGUCCGAAGGACGGAAUGCGUGACCACCAGUGUGACCUGCGACAGGGCCUCCGACGAAGCAGAACCCCCGAGCACGAGCAAAAGGUCCGGGAUCGUCCGUAGCCAUCAGCAGAGUUGCAUCAACAGAGUGGCGAGGGAGACAAAAACCGCUGGCACUUUGGCGGUGGUCGUAGGGGGAUUCGUGGCCUGUUGGUUGCCAUUCUUCAUCCUCUACUUGGCCACCCCUUUCGUGCCUGUGGAGCCACCAGAUAUCCUCAUGCCAGCGCUAACUUGGCUAGGAUGGAUUAAUUCAGCUAUAAAUCCAUUCAUCUACGCCUUCUACUCGGCCGACUUCAGGCUUGCAUUCUGGCGAUUAACUUGUCGAAAAUGCUUCAAAAGUAGAACCAAUUUGGAUCGCAGCAAUCGGAAAUUACCAGCCCCGGCUAAUUGGAAGAAAGACACGUCGAGGACGUGAAGAACGGGAAACGAACGUUGAAACGUACACCAUUCAGUCGUGAUCGUAACGAGGAUCACUGUGAUUUAUCUAAUAGAGCAACUCACAUCGAUCGCAUUCAUCUAAUUUAUGCGAAAUGUGCAAUCUCGC